AUGGCUUCGCUCAAUCCCACGGCACCAGUGCACAACCAGCGAGGAGGAAGCAUCCAAGCGACCCUCGUCGGUCUGGUGGACAAGCGACUGAUGUAUGAGCAGCUCAUGCAUGCCUGUCGCGGCAUCGCUGGUCUCACCGAGCAGAAGCUCCUGCAUCGCGAGUCGGUUUAUCGCGCAGCUCCUCAAGGGCCUUCUCAAGGAGCCUCCACCACUCGCAGCAGCUACCAGCUCAGAGUUCCGUUCCCUGCCAACUUGGAGAAGUUCCUCAAGUCUGAGGACGGGAAACGUCCUUUACCGAAGCCAUCCAUUCGGAGAGUAGUGGAAGUAGACGUCGGUCACACUUGCGAUGAGAUGCUCAAGCUUCUUGGGUUCGAGACCGAUUUUGUCUUUAUCCGAUCAGGCCAGCAAUUCUUCUUCGGGGCUCAAGAUAGAUGCUCCGUGAUGAUCUCGGAGCUGCACAAGCUGCAGUCCUCUGAAGCCAACAAGACACAAACACAACAGACACCCAAGCUCGAGACUGACGUGCAAGGGAACCCAGUAGACAACAUCUUCCUCGUCGAGGCGCCUCCUUCUCUUCCUUGUCGCUUCCUCGUGCUAACUCCGAGCCUGGACGACACCAUGCCGAGGUCAAUCACUUUAGAUGUCACCACGACCAUGUCUCCUUGCUUCAUGUCUCCCCCUAUGCCUCCUCCUAUUCCUCCUCCUAUGCCUCCUGACCUCCCGCACAGUGUGGAAGCUGCCGUUCGUGAAGUUCUCUACCUCGGCGAGUUUGCGGCUGCUCAGUUCAUGUCUGACCCUCUUGCAGCUGACAAGCUCAGCCCCUUCGUCACUCUCAACACGCCCGACGACACGCAGCCGCAGCUACCUGGCAUGGUGGGGAUGCCGAACAGGAUGUAG